AUAGAAUUCUGAGGGUGCCUGGACAAACAUGUAAACAUGGAGACUGGUGGAAGGGAAUCUGAGAGGAGGCAUACUCUAAAUCUGCUGCUCACCCGGGGGCUGGUGCCUUUCUUUGCCUCCAGCACCCUCUACUUCCUCCUCUGGCUGCCAGAAGACAACCCCAGCUGCAACAGCGCCUUGGCCAAAUGCCUUCCCAUUCUCUGUCUGGCUCUCUUUGUCCAUGAGUCUGCCCCAUCUGGGCCCUAUGGCCUAUUUGUCUGGCUAGGUCUCCUCUGCUCCGCCCUGGGGGACAUUGUACUUACCUGGCCCAACCUGUUCCCCUUUGGCUUGGUGGCCUUUGCCCUGGCUUAUCUCUUCUAUCUCAUGGCCCUAGGCUGGCACCCGAUCCGCCAGGCCCUCCUGGAGCCUGUGAUAGCCAUCUUCAUCCUUUACUUUGGGCUCCUGUAUCCUCACCUCCCUUCCAGCCUAAGUCUCCUUAUGUUUGCCUAUGUGGUUAUCCUGGGUCUGAUGCUGUGGCGGGCGCUGGCCAGAGGGAGAUCUGCGGCACUUGGUGGCCUGUUGUUUAGCAUCUCAGACGCUGUCCAGGCCUGGGACACCUUCGUCCAGCCCCUGCCUUCAGGCCGAAUGAUCAUCAUGGUCACCUACUACACUGCCCAAGCCCUACUGGCCCUGUCAACAGUGGAGGACAGGCCCACCCAAAGCUGACUGAGAUCAAUGAGCCCCCCUCACAAAGACAACAGAGCAGUGACUUGGAGCUCAGCACUUGGACUCUUUUCCAGGAUCCCUCCUGCCUGCUCAUCACUUCCUGGAGCUGCUGCCCACCCCACACCCUCCAACUGCUUGUCUCCCAGUUAAACACAAGACCUCCUAGGGCAGAUCCUUUCCCCACCCUCCCUCUGAUUCUGAAGCUUCCCUCCUGCCUCCCGAUCCCCCCCCCCCACCCCAUCCUGUUAUUCACAGGCCUUUCCCUUUCCAAUGCUUUCCCUCCCUUUCUUGCAACUAUCCCCCCACCUCCCCUCCCAGCCCCAUCCUGAUGCUUUUCUUCUCCUUACUCAUAAUCCCUUUGGUUCCAACAUUACCCUCUUCACCAUUGCCCAUGAGCCCCUCGACUGAAAUUUUUUCUCCUCACAAUUCCCUCCCCCCUGUAAUUCUGAUUCUUUUCUCUAUUACCUACCACCUCUUGGUUUGAAUGCUUCUUCUCUUCUCUCCAUUAUUCACACCACCAGCACCUUCUUCUAACCCUUAGCAAAGUUGAUAUUGGAAACAUGAAAAAAUAUAUGUAAAUA